GGAUUUGUUUGUGUGGCAAAGAGCGAUGCCGGUUUGUCUUAUCAAGUUUUAAACUGUUUUACAUAAACGACGGUAAUUCGAGAUAGCGGAGUCAACAUACGCUUAAUAGAGCCAAUAAUGUCCCGAAUUUAUAUUACUGUUUGUCUACUGUCCCUCCUAUACUCCUGUGCGAAUUCUCAGGACGAACAGUCAUGUUAUUCGUAUGCUGGUGGCAGCGUUUACCCAUUGGGAAGUCAGAAAUCUGAUCACAAACUGCAGUACACAAAGGCAGUCAUAUCAAAACCUGCUCCAUUUUGGGAGGGUACAGCAGUGAUUGAUGGUGAAUUUAAACAAUUGAAAUCUACUGAUUUCUUGGGAAAAUACUUAGUUUUCUUCUUUUAUCCUUUGGAUUUCACAUUUGUAUGCCCAACUGAAAUUUUAGCAUUCAGUGACAGAAUCGAAGAAUUUAAAAAAAUAAAUACUGAAGUUGUUGCCUGUUCAGUUGAUUCACAAUACACUCAUUUAGCAUGGAUUAACACUCCAAGGAAGGAAGGUGGUCUGGGCAAAAUUAAAAUCCCACUUUUGGCUGAUUUGAACAGAAACAUUUCUAGAGAUUAUGGUGUCUUUUUGGAAGAUUUAGGCCACACUCUUAGAGGAUUAUUUAUCAUUGAUACCAAGGGAACUUUAAGGCAAAUCACCAUGAAUGAUUUACCAGUUGGAAGAAGUGUAGAUGAGACCUUAAGAUUAGUACAAGCAUUUCAAUUCACUGAUAAACAUGGAGAAGUUUGCCCAGCUGGUUGGAAACCUGGACAAGAUACUAUUAUUCCAAAUCCUGUGGAUAAAAGGAAGUACUUUGAAAAUCACUAAUCAUAAAUGCCAGAACAAUAUUUAACAAAAACAUCACAAGAGACUUAAAACUUUUUUAUUGUUAUUUUAAAUGAUAGUUGAUCAUUUGAACUAAACUAAUUAUACAUUGUCACAUUAAAUUAAUUUCAUAAUAAAUAAUAAAAAUUA